CAGCUGUUCUGAUAAGGAUAUCUUCAGAGGUAUCGGGUAUUACCUGCACAGAGUUUAUAAAGAGGUGCUGGAGCUGCUGGAGGUGCGACCAGGCUUGUGAACAGCACAGGGCAGCACCGCUGAUCAGAAGCAGUCCUGUGAUUUGUUCAAAGAUGUUGUGUCUGUGUUUCUCGCUGGCUGUCCUGAUCCUUCCUCAUUACGCAGCAGCCCAGUACAACUGCAGUGCAGAGCUACACAGAACCCCAGUCAAUGAAGAUUUGACAGUGGCUUGCGGGCCGCAGUUCAUUACAAUAACUGUGGACGUGUGCACGGCGCUCUAUGCUGGCUUUGACCCCACGGGACUGGCUGUGAACAGCCAGCACAAUGACUCCCAGUGCAAGGGGCACAUCGACUCCACAGUCACUCCUCCAGUCAUCAGGUACAGACUCCCUGUCAACGGCACCUUGGAUAAUAUCUGCAGCAACAGCGUUCAGAUCGUGAACGAGGGUGCAGGGACCGGUUUUCUCAGUUCCUUCUCGAGCGUCCAGUCGGUUGUCAUCAGCGGCUACAUCGACACGCAGCAGCCAUCCAGCGGGAUGAUCAGCUACUCCACAGACCUGUACUACGGCUUCUCCUGCCGCUACCCUCUGGAAUACAUCCUGAACAACACACAGAUCAUCUCGUCCUCGGUGUCUGUGGCUGUGAACGCCAACAAUGGUACCUUCAUCAGCACUUUAAGCAUGAAGCUGUAUAAUGAUUCUUCCUUCAACUAUCCACUGUCAGUCCCUGAAACAGGCAUCCCCACGAAGACUAAGAUCUUUGUGCAAGUCAGGGCCAAUAACCUCACAGGAAGUUUCAGUGUUCUGCUGGAUCACUGCUUCGCCACGCCCGAUCCUUUCAACAUGACGUUAGCUGAACGCCAUGACUUUUUCAUCGGCUGCUCCAAAGAUAACCACACGACCAUCGUACAGAACGGGGACAGCCUGACUUCUCAGUUCCACUUCGAUGCCUUUCGAUUCGUGCAGCACAGGGACAGGAAAUUAUCCAGCAUCUACCUGCACUGUGUGACCAGACUGUGCCAGCCCUCCACCUGCAAGGAUCUCAAAGCGGCCUGCACUAGCCACAGCAGUAGAAGGAGACGUGAUGCUGAGACACAGCCCCUGGACUCAGCAGAGACUGUCACUGUUUCCGCUGGACCCAUCUUCACCAAAGAGCUCGAAACUCUUGGUGAGAUCGCUGCUCAGCAGUCUGUUUACCACGAGACAUUGCAGGAGACUCUGACCGGCCUCGUUGUUGGCGUCAUUUUCGCUGUCCUGCUGGCGGUCGCCGCGGUCGUGGGAGGCUGGUUCAUGUUCAAGAAAUAUCACGUGAGAGAGAGAAAACCAGGGCUAGAGGGAUACCCCAACCAGGGCUUCAACUGACCUUCCCAACACACCCCAUCAUACAGCUACUGCACUUGAGUCUGGAAUGCAGGUGGAAUGCAGGUGGAAUGAAGGCUAUUUAAUUAUUAGAAUUGUGCUAGUAAUGCUAUGUAUGGUCAUUUUGCACUUCAAAGAGGUAGUGAACAAGUUUAUAAUUUGGCAAAUUAGAAGAUACCCCAAAGACUUGUCUGUUCAUUUGGUUUUCCGAGUUUUCAAUGCUGGUAUAUUAGCGUUCAUCUGUAAGCAUUGUUUCAUAGUUAUUGCUGGUGUUAGCUGGGGUUUGGGUUUAGUUUUUUAUGAUGUGGAAACUGAUUUACUGUUGCAUGAAGCUAAUCUAAAUGGGGGGGGAGGGGCUGUACUGCAUCCUUCUAAAAUAACAGUGUGUUUAUACACACUCGCACAUACCCACGCACACACACACACAUCUAUCACAAUUCAAUUCUAUAUGAUCCUCUGUACAUUGUACUCCACUAGCUUUGCAUUGUCUCAAUUAAUAAAGCCUCUGUAAGCACAA